AUUGGUAUGUAACGAACCACUGAUUAUGAAAAUAAAUGACAGGGAGUCAAUGAAAACUGUCAUAACCAUGAGUCAUGAAGGUAUCGUUGCGUUUUGGCAGGGACUGUUAUUAAUCGAUUGGUAUAAUAUAUACCGGCCAGUUUACACUUGUUUGGUCGUUGAUAACUUGAAAGAAUUUAUUUGCGGAACUGGUAACGGAUUAUUAAUAUUUACAAUCGAUAAACACCGUUCGACAGGAAAGUUUCUUAAUGUUCAUGAGAAGAGGCAUCUGAAAGGACAUGCGGAUGUGGUACGUUGUCUAGUCAGCUUUGAAAGCCGCAUCUUCUCAGGGGGAUUUGAUGGUCAAAUUAUUGUUUACGAUACAUGUGGUAAAUUAGAUCCGACAACUAGAAUUUUACUGAAGAUCCCCAGAGCACAUGAUGGAAUCAUAUCUUGUUUAGUUAAAGCUCACAAUGUAUAUGAUCAUCAAAAGUUAGUGAUCAGCGGGAGUUUUGACAGACAUGUAAAAAUCUGGAACGAUGAAGGACAAUUGAUGCAUGUAAUUGAAAACUUCAGUAAUGUUAUAAUCAGCAUAGCUCAUAUCCCCACUACUGAUACAUUUUGGGUCACGUCAGGAAGUUGUCAUGCUAGAAUAUUCGAUGUUCAAACAGGUGAAGACGUUCUACAAGUCGUCAGUAUUUAAUAGUCUGGAAGUACAACAGCGAGUCAAGUGCAUUAACACUUAAAACAGAAAGUGGAAUCCAGUGUUUGUGUGCAAGUUACAAACCACCCUUUUCAAUAUUUUCUUCUGGAUCCAAUAAUCAUCUUUCUAGAUGGGAACGUAAAGGUCAAACCCAUUUCUCAUAUGUUCGACAAGAAGAAAUGAUACACGAGUCAAUUGAUAAAAAAUUAUCUGAAUGGUUACAAGAGAAAUUACGUACACAAGCUGUACAGACAAAAGAAAUAGAAAAAUUAAAAGCAUCAUUACCCAAAACGUUAUUAUUACCCAAUAAUAGUAAUAUGUAUUCAGCUAAACGGUCAAUGACUCCCUAUACAUAUCUUCAAAGUAAAUUACCAAUUGGAAUAAAAUCUAGACAAAAUACAGUGGCCAUGAUCAACUGUCAAAACUCAACUGCUUAUAAUACAAAAGAAAUAGUACUUAACAAGGUAGAAAAAUUUGCCAUUAUUUCGCUUCAAAAAUUUAUUUCUUGAAAUUGCAUUUUCUUCAUAUAUUUGGAUGAUAAU